GAUGGAAACAGCAUCUUUUACAUGGCAUGUCAACUGCAGAAAAUUCAGAAUAAAGAACUUCAGAUCUACACAACAAGCAUUAUACUUUACAGAUUAAAAGUCAGCCUGAAUUUAUACCGCUGUGUGGAUAACGGUGGUUUAUAAAAAUCAAGUUUAUGAUGGACAAGCAUUGAAGCAAGUAGCUCCUUAACUAGGAUUAUUCAUUAAACAUCAAAAUGGGACAAAAACCUAGUAAAGCAUCAGCACAACUUGCUUCAAGUUCACAAAGCAGAGGACGUAGGAGUUGCAUGCAGUUUACAGACUGUGAGAACAAGACACUGAAACAUAGAAGUCAGUACAUCCACAGUACAGAUAUACCUCCCUACAUAGACUGCAGUGAUCGUCCCCCAUGCUGGUACUGGGAGACUUGUAAGAGACAGGAUGGCUAUGAACAUAUGGCCAAGUACCUCCAUCCAUGGGAACUAGCCGAUGAAGUGCGGACAGUCCUGAUUGGUAAAACAGGGGCGGGCAAAAGUCUCUCAUGCAAUACCCUACUGGGCAAAGAGAAGUUUCAGAGUGUCCUUGGUUUCCAGUCAGACACAAGUUCUUGUCAGUAUGACUAUGUCAACUAUCAAGGGACGAAAUAUAUGAUCGUCGACACUCCAGG